AUGAGAAAUCGCACAGAGCUAAACGACUUUAUUCUCCUGGGAAUCCCUCAGACUCAGGGCCUGGAGACGGGGCUCUUUGUCAUCUUCUCGUUCAUUUACCUCCUCACCCUGCUUGGCAAUUUACUCACCCUCACAGCAAUUGCUUUUUCCUCUGGUCUUCACACCCCCAUGUAUUUUUUCCUGGGACUCCUAUCUAUUUUUGACAUGUGUUUUCCAUCUGUCGCCUGCCUCAAGCUGUCACUCUACCUCUCUGGACAGAGCCAUGCCGCUUCUGACAAGGGACGUGCUGCGCGACUCUUUUUCCAUCACUUCCUGGGGGCGGCCGAAGGCUGCCUCUAUUCUGUGAUGGCUUAUGAUCGCUUAGUUGCCAUCUGUCACCCACUGCGGUAUGUGGCCAUCCUGAGACCUGGAGUCUGUGUCGGUUUGGUCAUGGCAGCCUGGUUGGUGGGCUGUCUUCAGGCCACCAUCCUGACCUCCUUCACCUUUCAGCUAACUGCCAAUCAGGUGGACUACUUCUUCUGUGACAUGCCUGCUGUCUUACCCCUGGCGUGUGAGGACAGCUUCCUGGCCCAGAAAGUGGGUUCCACGAGUGUUGGCUUUCUGGCUUUAAGUCUUUGGUUCAGUGUUUGUGUCUCUUACACAUUCAUCGGAGUUGCCAUUCUGAGAAUCCGUUCAGCAGAGGGCAGGCAGAAAGCUUUCUCCACCUGCAGGGCACACCUCACUGCAGUCCUCUGUGCUUAUGGACCGGUGGUCAUCAUCUAUCUGCAACCCACGCCCAACCCCUUGCUUGGUGCUGUGGUGCAAAUAUUAAAUAAUAUUGUCUCCCCCAUGCUGAACUCGUUAAUCUAUUCUUUAAGGAACAGAGAAGUGAAAAAUUCCCUGAAAAGAAUGUUCCACAAUGUAGCCCUUACAUCUCUGGAAGAAGUUAAGUGUUUUGUAACGGGUUUUGGAAAUUUGUCUCUUAAUAUCAUUCUUCUAUAUUCUCCUCUUAAAUAG